AUGGGUAAAACAAAGCGAAAGGCGGAAUCAUUGCAGCCCUGCUCAACAAAGAGGAAGGAGUUAAAAAGGGAUGGGCUAGUUGCUACAGGAGACGAGGAAGAGCGUGGCGAAAAGGAGUUGAAUUCCAUACAAAAUGAAGAGGACUUUAAUUUAUGCUGCAUUCCUGUGAUACAUACUUGUAAGGAUGCAGGAGCAGGCGUAACUUUUGUUCUGGAAAAAGCUUCAUUGACUCUUGCUUAUAUCGGGAAAAGGUACCAAAUAGUAUCCUCGAAUCAUCAUGCUGAUUUUUUACGAAAGAAGAAAAUGAAUCCUUACAUUUACAGGCCUGACAUAGUCCAUCGGGCACUCCGUAAAAUUAUGGCUAGUCGACUUUGUAAGGAUGGUAGGCUGAAAGCAGUGUACAUCCGGACAGAGGACGGAGUUCUGAUCAAAGUAGAACCAUAUGUUAAGAUACCAAGGCAAUUAGAAGUUUUCUGUGAUAUGAUGGCUGAAUUACUGCAAGCGCUCAGCAUCAAAGCCAAGGGUAGCCGUAAAAAGCUUCUGCGUGUGGUGGCCAAUCCCGUGACUAAGUAUUUAUCUCCCACAUCACAUAAGAUAGGUCUUUCAUACAGCUCAGAGAACGCUGUUGAUAUACGCGAAUAUAUCAAUGGAAUCAGUAGCGAUGAAGAUGUUGUGUUUGCGGUAGGUGUGAUGGCACAUGGUAAAAUUGAUUGUGAUUACAUUGAGGAUCUUGUAUCAGGGAUAGAUCUUGAACAAAAAAGGAUAUGAUAAAAGUGGAAGACGAACAACACUGAACUGCUGAAACAAGAACAUGGAAGGUGCAAACCGAGAUCAAGAGAGACUUUGCUGGAAAUCAAAGCCGAGUUUGCA